GUUUGACAGGUCAGCUUCGUGCCUCUUUGUAGAUUUCCAAGUAGCGUUAAAUUUUAUUUUGUUUAAACUUUUCAUUUAUGCAUCAAAAGUAACAUGUAUUUCUCAGUAGAAUUAGAGUAUAUUAUAUUUUAGUCAAUACCUAGUGCACUAACAGUGUUACAUAAACAGUAGAGUGGUAAUAGUGUCGGCAAUUCAUGCAUAUAGGAUAUAACAACACGAAUCACGAUACGUCAGUGAAUGAAUGUUGGCUGUAAGAUAAUGGAUGUGGAUACACCUAACAUAUUGAAACGGUGUAGCAGUGCGCCUCUAAUCAAUGAGACUGCAUCGACAGCAGCUACAUCGCCAACGACGACAACUGCGCCCAGAAGCACCUCCUUCUUCGGCAUGUUCUCCAACAACAGUUUGCCGCGGACGCGAAGUAAUAGCAUCAGCUGUAGUCCCCUCUCAGCCGCUAUAAAUAUACCUGUGCUGCAAGGCGCGUGCGGGCGGCGGCUGACCCCGCGCGUGAACCAGCUGCGCGCGGAGGAGUGCGCCGACGUGAGCAACACGCGCGAGCUGGCGCACGAGCGCGAGGUGCACAGCGCGAUGGCGAUGGGCCAGUCGUGCGAGGACCUCACGCUGGUCGCGGGCCUCGCCAACUCGCCCACCAGGGUGCCUAGGUUCACCACAGUAGUAUCCCCAUCCCCCCCGCGCAAGUAUACAACGCGGCGGAGUCUCUCGCCCAACCCGCUCCGGGCGUCCAGCUUCAGCCCCAUCAGCCGGCCCAACGUGCUGGUCGGCAAGCGGCGCUGCGACGACGCGGAGAUGUCUCUCUCGAAACGCAUGUGCACCGACAGACGGACCCCCACGACCCCCGGGACCCCGGACUCGGACUCGCUGGACUGUACAUUCAGACCGGUCUCGCCCCGGCCUCAGCCGAUGAACGAGUCCGACUCGCCCGACACCCAAAACCACAAGGCUAACCCCAGCUAAUACACGUGCGGGGAGAUACUGGUGUUGCCCUCUUCUUCGGCCGGCCAGGUGCGGUACGUUUACACGUUUGUGUCCGAUUUUGCAUCUCAUUGGUCCAGUGAACUGUUCUGACUGCUCAUUGAUGCGUACGCUAACAGUCAGGCUUAAGAGAUGAGUCGGUUGUCAUGUAUGUAUUUAUCAUCCAAUUUGUUGGGCUCGAUUUUGAUGAUUUGAAGUGACUUGUUCCACUUUUUGUCAGAUUUUCGAAUGUAGAAACACGUUUUUUUUAGUAAUUAAAAAAUAAAACGUUGUUUCGUAAAUUGCCAAUUUUUUAAGUCCCAUUAUUAUAAAAUAAUUUGCCCCCUUCUUAACAAAUUGACACUGGCUUCAAGCUUAGACAACAAGCAGAUCGGAUGAUAAAACGGAUUGUCUAUCCGAUUCUAGCUCACAUAUACUUAAGACACCAGCGAGAUGCGUGAAAUUGUGAUAGACUCCUAGACAACAACCCCUAUUUUGAACGUUUAGUUCCUAAUAAAGUUGUAGCAAAUGGACACGAGUGCCCUUUUAUAGCCAAAGCAUCAAACUUUAAUGUACAUAUAUAUAUUAAGUGUGCUGUAUAUAGCUGUAGUACUAAGGAAUAUAGCCAUUAUAUUAAUAAUAUUAGUUAGGGAGUCGUAACACUCCAUUCAUCCCGCCUUUUCAUUUUAUUUUAGGAAGUUUUUGGCGUGUUUUUACCUUAAGUCUAAUGGAUUAGUUGUAUUUAUUUUUCGUUUAUUGCGUAAUUAUUGUUGGCAGCUGUUUUCAAUAUAACUGUUCCCACAUCUUUAGUGGAAUCUAAUAAGUUUUGUUUCCGUAAUUGUCCUUAAAAUAUA